UUUAGACAUCGAGCACAUAAUUGGAUUUCCUAACUAAGUGUCUCAGUCUCUAUACAAUGUAUAAAAUGAUCAGUAUUUUCGGGUUUAUGAUCACUACUAUUAUGUUGUUUGUUUCUUCUGUUGUAUCUCAGCCAAGAAUAUCCUUUACCAAAAUUCUUCUCCCGCCAAACACAACAAGUCCAGAGUCUGUUGCUGUGGAUCGGAGAGGAAACGGACCUUAUGUUACUCUUGCAGACGGCAGGGUUCUCAAAUGGCUAGGUCCGGAUUUCGGUUUCAUGGACUUUGCCACAACUUCGCCUGAUAGGACGAAAGAUGUUUGUGAUGGCACGCUCAACCCGGACCUGAUAUUUCAAUGCGGGAGGCCUCUGGGAUUUAGUUUCGACACACAAACAGAUAACCUCUAUAUUGUGGAUGGUGUACUUGGUCUUUAUGUCGUCGGUCCCAAUGGAGGACAAGCGACACGACUAGCUUCAUCGGCGGAAGGCAUUACUUUUCGCUUCCUCAAUGGUGUUGAUGUCGAUACAUUUACCGGAAUUGUUUACUUCACUAGCUCUUCGACUACUUACGACAUAAGAAACAUUACACAACCAGGUUUUCAACCGGACAAAAGUGGUCGCCUGCUAAAAUAUGAUCCAAGCACAAAACAGGUGACUGUGUUAUUACGUCAAUUGUACGUGCCAAUCGGACCAGCAGUGAGCCUAGACGGGUCAUUUCUGGUGUUUUCAGAAUAUGGUAAUAAAAGAAUUUUAAGGUAUUGGCUCAAAGGUUUACGAGCAAAUACAGUUGAAGUUCUAUUCACCGUUCCUGGAUAUCCAAGUAAAAUAAAGAGAACUUCGAUCGGAGAUUUUUGGGUGCCUGUGAAUAUUAUCAACCCGGCAACAUUUAUUGCCACGCCAAUGGGAUUCAGAUUUAAUAGUUUCGGCACGGUGGUUCAGAAAGUGGAUUUCAGUUCUCAAUAUGCUAAUCAGAAUAUCACUGUACUCAACGAGCAGAAUGGAGUUUUACGUGUUGGUUGUCGUACCGUUAAUUUCAUUGGGAUAUAUAGCCCUUAGAUAUGAACUACGAUCAUUCUGUAAAAUGACUAGCAUCAAAUAUGCUUGCUAGUUGCUGACUAAAUAAACGAACACUUGUUUUAAAA